AGAGUUUCAUUGCAAGAGUUUUUUUUUAUUCAGUGCGCUGAUUUUGCAAGCUAGCUGACUAAGCUGUUACUUGAGCCGUUAGCCUGUUAGCCUGAUGGUCAAGGCUGCUAGCCUUAUAGUCAUGUGUUAAUCGAUUUUACUGUAAAAAGAAAAUACUGAACUCACUUUCGCCUGUAAAAGUUUGUCUAUUUUUUAUCAAUUAUUUUCUUGAACAUCUUGGCACAAUCGAUUAUCGAAACAUUAAGGUUACUGCAAGCAUAGCCAGCUAGCUUGUUAAGUCGUUACAGAGCUAAUAGGGAGUUUGCUGCAUUUUAUUGCUUCUCAUUACCACAUACCCUUUCUUUUAAUUCACAUUUUGCUCUAACUCGUAGUCUUUUGUUUUUAGAAUUGAUAUGCUGGCACCACCAAUCCCUACCAUCAUGCCGGCUCUUCUGGAGAGGCCCAAACUGUCUAAUGCCAUGGCACGUGCCUUACACAAGCACAUCAUGAGAGAGAGGGAGCGCAAGAGGCAAGAGGAGGAAGAGGUUGACAAAAUGAUGGAACAGAAGUUAAAAGAAGAGGAGGAGAGGAAAAGGAAGAAGGAGAUGGAGGAGAGGAUGUCCUUAGAGGAGACUAAAGAGCAAAUUAUGAAGAUGGGAGUGAAGCUGCAGGGCCUUCAAGAGGAGAAGCACCAGCUUUUCUUACAACUGAAAAAAGUUCUACAUGAAGAGGAGAAAAGACGUCGGAAAGAACAGAGUGACAUGACAACCCUGACUUCAGCCACAUACCAGGCAAACAUGCCUAUCCACCCUAGCCAGCACAUUCUUAGCAUGCAAGCGGGUCAGGUGAGUCAUGGCCGUCCAGCUGUUCUGCUUGGGGAACGCAGUAAACAGCUCUUCCAGUCUCCGGUCAUUCCUGCACGUCAUUUCCAGUCUCAGCCAGGAUUUAGUGCAGGUGGAUCAGAGCACGGCCAAUAUUCGGGAGCGCAGCCAGGUCACAGCCCGUAUGGAGUCACCCAGACGCAGCAUACAUCACCUUUUGCCUCCAGUCAGCCUGUGCCAGCCAACUAUGCCAGUAGUUCACAACUAAGAGGUGCAUCAGCAUUCCAGACCAUGCAGUACCUGCCCCAUCAGCAGCAAGGCUAUGCAGUUCACAGUCACUUCACCUCUCAGCCAGGCUACAUCCCUAGCGCUGGGAUUCCCCUUCAGAAACAGCUGGAACAUGCUAACCAGCAGUCCGGCUUCACAGACUCUAGUCCCCUGAGGCCCAUGCACCCACAGGCUCUUCAUGUCAGCGCUGCGAGUUUGCUGUCCACUCCUCCUAUUGCUGUGCAGAUUCCUCCUGGCAAGUCUGGCAUAUCUUAUACACAUUCGCAAAGGCCAGCAUCUCCAGGUGCAUUUUCCCAUGGAACGCCCUCACAGCAAGCACAUGCAGCUACGUUUCAAAGCUCCUCUCAAGCAACCCCUCGCCACGCCUACCUCUCUCACAGCCAAUCAGGGCAGAGGUUUUACCACCAUGGCAAAUAGCCAUUCGUUUUAGUUCAAUGCAGAAUGUUGGGGUAGAAGGAAAGAUUCGCAGGCUUUUGGAUUAAAGCUACACAGCCCACAACGCUUGGCAUCGUGUUACAACAUAAAACACAUGACUAUUACUGUCACGUCCCAAUCGUUUUUCUCUUUCUUAGAUCUGCCUUUGUAACCGGGUUUAUUUGAACAUUACAGUGAGAUGUGUCUGAAUGUUUCUUUUAUUCAUUUGACAACAGCUGUGCCAACAUUAGUCGUAUUAAAUACUACCACAACAUAAGUUAAAUCUGGCUUUAUACCUGAACUGAACAAUGCAGAAAUGCGUUCAGAUAUUACAAUUUCAAGUUCUUGAAAGUCUACAAGAGCUGGAAGUUGCUAAGACUUAUUUCAGUUUGUGGAUGUACUUCUAACUUAACUGGAAUAUGGAUUAGGGAAUUAUUUUGCACAUCAUUCUCUCAUAGCAAACUAACGGUAAGAGGCCUGUGGUUAAGAAUAAUGUGUGUGAAGCCGUCAAACUAAAGCAAAUGUUCCGAUUUUGAAGAUUACCAAAACACUUUUUAAAUUAAUCGUUCACCUAAAGAAUAACAACGUGCGCUAACAAAACCAACAUUGUAAAUAUUGAUUUGACAAGGACUCCCACUCAGGGCCAUCUGUAACUUGCAUUAACAUUGAUGAAUGCCGAGGAAAGCUGCCACAGAAAAGUAAUAUUUUCAUAUGAUUUUAAUUUGUAAAUGUUUUAAGCCAACCAACUGAAUUUCACAAAAGUGCACAUGAAAUAUACAUUUUAUUAAUCUGUUAAAGGAGCUUCUUAAAAUAGUAUUAAAUGGUUGUGUAGAAAA